UUAUUUUUCUGGUUCUUCUUGCGUCAGUUUAAUACUCUGCUCUCUCUCUCUCUGCUCUCACUUGUGCCUGGGACGGAGAAGCAAAGCAAUGGCAUUGAGAUUCUCAACAAUACAAUUAGCGACACCUGGCAAACGCUGCCACCAAAUCGCUAUCCCUCCUUCUUCUUCUUCUUCCAACAGCAGCACACUCUCAUGGCACCGCAAUUUAACACCUCACCCUCUCAUCUCUCUCUCCACCGGGAAAUGCAGUGUACGGACAACAGCAGCGGGGGUGACGUGCAAUGCGAGCGCAGCGGAGGGAACAGUAGUCCCGGGUACAGUGAAUCUUGGGCCGGGAACUCCAGUUAGGCCAACCAGUAUACUUGUGGUGGGACCAACUGGAACUUUGGGAAGACAGAUAGUGAGGCGAGCUCUUGAUGAAGGCUACGAUGUCCGCUGCCUUGUUAGGCCUCGUCCUGCGCCUGCUGAUUUCCUUCGUGAUUGGGGCGCUACUGUUGUCAAUGCAGACCUUAGCAAACCAGAGACUAUACCAGCAACAUUGGUUGGGAUUCAUACAAUUAUUGACUGUGCCACUGGGCGUCCUGAAGAGCCUAUUAAAACGGUAGAUUGGGAAGGAAAAGUUGCUCUCAUACAGUGUGCAAAAGCAAUGGGAAUUCAGAAAUAUGUAUUUUAUUCUAUUCAUAACUGUGACAAGCAUCCUGAAGUUCCACUUAUGGAGAUCAAGUAUUGUACUGAGAAGUUUCUUAAGGACUCCGGCAUUAAUCAUGUCAUAAUCCGAUUAUGUGGUUUCAUGCAAGGCCUAAUUGGGCAAUAUGCAGUACCUAUACUAGAAGAGAAAUCGGUUUGGGGAACCGAUGCCCCAACAAGAAUUGCUUAUAUGGACACCCAGGAUAUAGCUCGCCUGACGUUUAUAGCACUGCGGAAUGAGAAUGUUAAUGGGAAACUGCUUACUUUUGCGGGUCCUCGAGCGUGGACAACUCAAGAGGUCAUUACAUUGUGCGAAAGGCUUGCAGGGCAGGAUGCAAAUGUUACUACUGUGCCUGUUUCAAUUUUACGAUUUACUCGUCAACUAACACGGUUUUUUGAAUGGACAAAUGAUGUUGCAGAUAGGCUGGCAUUUUCAGAGGUUCUAACAAGUGACACUAUUUUCUCGGCUCCUAUGAAUGAAACAUAUAAGCUCCUUGGUGUGGAACAGAAGGAUAUUGUUACACUGGAGCAAUAUUUGCAGGAUUACUUCACAAACAUACUGAAGAAAUUGAAAGACCUCAAAGCUCAAUCAAAGCAAACUGACUUUUACAUCUGAAAGACAUCCAUUAUGUAAUUGUAAAUGAAGCCAUAUGUUUGGCAUCACAAGUUUCCCCCUUGGUAAAAAACGUAUACCACUCAUUUCCAUUCUUUAACUCCUUGGUUUUCAUUUUUUCAAUUUUACUUUCUUUUCGUCCAUGAGAGAAGUAUGGAACCGCAGCAAGAAUAGAAGACCAUGAUGGUUUCUCAUAGAGAAGUUGUGGGUUCCUAUUGUUCGUAAUAUUUUUAAAGUCACUUGUGAAUUUCUAGGGAACACCUAACAAAUGUCUGUAUUUGGUAUU